GAGGAUGAAAAUGGCGGUGGGCAGAGAUCAACGCUAGAAUUAAACACACAAAUAACCAUUUGAAUCGGAUGACAGCGUCACUGCAGGCCCGUAAAGGAAUACAGAAUUACAUUAGCGUCAACUGCCUGCAUUUACGACGAUAAACACACGGAGUUUCAUGGAGAUAAACAGCGCACUGGAUUUAAAAUAGCUCCUAAUUUUAGCCCGCUAACCUCGUUAGCUUAGCUAGCAUUCAACUGGAAGAUUCAACGGCCACAACAGCACCGCAUUAACGGAAUUAGUCUGUCAGAAUAAGAUGAACUGCGCUAUUUCGCUUUAGAUCUCACAUUCAAGCUCGGCCGUGGGCGCUGGGCUGGUAGACAUAUUUGCAUCUGACUGAAUGCAUAACUAAUCGCUCCAUCUGGCAGAAUAAGCCAGCAAACACCAUCCACCAGACUUCCUAAAGUUCAGCGAGCAUCUGCUAGAGGAAAACAGACUGAACAGGUAGCAUUGAGCAUACAUUACCUCCUGCCUCCCCCUGUGGGGUGGUUCUGCAUGACAGGGAGGGUAUGGUACUGUAACCCCUUCUCCAUCCUCCAGUUCCUAUCCCAUAAACUCAGUGGAUCACAGCCAUAUAGUGUUCUUCUCAAUGAGUAUCCCUCUGGAGCCCUAGAUCAAAUUACUCUGGGUGUCCAUAUUCCGCUGCCUCCCCCUGUUGGGAUGGUUCUGCAUGACAGGGUGUGGCGCUGUAGCCCCCCUCUUCUUGAGAUCUCGCCCAUCUCAUGAACCCAGUGGACCACAGCCAUAGUGUUCCCCUCAAUGAACAUCCCUCUGGAGCCCUAGAUCAAUGACAUAAGUUGCUGUUCUAUCUGCGCGAGAGGUGAUUAGCAUAGCUCUCGGCAAGAAGGAGCCCUGUAUCCUUGGAAAUGGCGAGACACGCGGCCACAGCUCGUACAGACGGAGGGGUUAGAGUAACUGUCAUGGACUGUUCUCUGACUGGACAGACUGAAUUGGCCAACUUCACAGGUGACAGCUGAGCACUACCUCAGGUGUGCAAAUGCUCAAAAUGAGUGCUGCAGGGGACAGUGCUCUUGACCCCAACACCACUGAGUUACGGAAGAGGAAGGGCUCGCCAUGUGACACCUCUGGUCCAAGUGUGGAGAAGCGACGGCGAGAGCUGGAAUGCCGCUACAUUGACGAACUGGCUGAGCUGCUGUCGGCCAACAUGAGCAACAUUGCCAGCCUGAAUGUGAAGCCGGACAAAUGCCACAUCUUAAAGAGCACCGUGGACCAGAUCCAGCAGAUCAAACGGCGUGAGCAGGAGAAAGCAGCUCUGAUGUCUCCAGUUGAUGAGGCGCAGAAGAGUGACAUAUCGUCCAGCAGUCAGGGCAUGGUGGAGAAGGAGGCCCUUGGGCCACUCCUCUUGGAGGCCCUGGAUGGCUUCUUUUUCGUUGUGAACCGCGAGGGGCGUGUUGUGUUUGUGUCUAAGAAUGUCACCAGUUAUCUGGGUUACACCCAGGAAGAGCUGAUGACCUCCAGCAUCUACAGCAUCCUUCACGUGGGAGAUCACAACGAGUUUGUGCGUAACCUGCUACCAAAAAGCCUUGUGAACGGUGUGCCAUGGCCUCAGGAGCAAGGCCGGAGGAACAGCCACACGUUUAACUGCAGGUUACUGAAAAGGCCUCCAGACGAGGUUGACUCAGAGAAUCAGGAGGCCCGGCAACAGUACGAGCUCAUGCAGUGCUUCACGGUCUCUCAGCCCAGAGCAGUGCAGGAGGAGGGCGAGGACCUGCAGAGCUGUUUGAUCUGUAUAGCAUGCCGAAUGCCCCGUCCACCACCGAUCCCUGUCAGUACGGAGUCCUUCAUCACCAAGCAGGACCCUACAGGGAAAAUCAUCUCUAUUGAGACGGGUGCUCUGAGGGCCACAGGCCGACCAGGCUGGGAGGACCUGGUCAGGAAGUGCAUCUACGCGUUCUUCCAGCCUCAGGGCAACGAGCCCUCCCAUGCCAAGAAGCUGCUUCAUGAGGUGAUGACCCACGGCACGGCCAUCAGUCCUCUGUACCAUUUCACACUCAGUGAUGGGACGCCCCUCAGUGCGCAGACGCGCUGCAAAUUCUGCUGCCCCCCAAACCCAGAUGUACAGCCCUUCAUCAUGGGCAUUCACACUAUAGACAGGGAACACAACACUGCUAGCUCUCAGGAAAACACUACCCCCAGCCUUCCGUCUCCUGCUGCCCCACCUGCUCGCUCUCCCGCCCUGCAGCCCUCCAGUGACUUCAGCCUACAUCUCAACAACAGCAACGGCACUUGUGCCACUCCUGGACCCCUCACACCCACUCCACCUGGCUACCUGACGCCGAGCCGCGUUGUGCCCUCCCAGCAGGUCAGCAGCCCCUCGCCACUAGGCAGCCCUCUCACAGCCACCCCUACCUCAUUCAUGUCCCCCCGACCUCCACGGGGCAGCCCGGGCCUGGCCAGCAGCCCUCGCAUGCCCGGCCACCCCUUUUCCCCCUCGGUGCCCGGCAUCCACUCGCCCGCUGGCGGUCUAACCAGGCAGCAGUCCAGUGGUGAUGGUGUCAGUUUCUCGCUCCCCUCUCCAUUGCCCCCUCGACAGACUUCAACUCCCAGCAGCUCUCCGGCACGUCAGCCUCCAGCCAAACCACCUGAAGUAUCAGCUGACGAGUCUAAGAAUGCUGCGGUAGGCAACCUCAAACUCAACCAGCUCUUGGACGCCAACCUCAGCACGGGCACAGCCAAACACGACUCCUCCCAGCUCCGUCCUAUGCCUGUGGCCCAGUGCCCGGCCUCUCAUAGCAGCCUGACUGAGCGACACAAAAUUCUGCAUCGCCUGCUCCAGGACAGCAGCCCCGCAGACGCGGCCAAGGAUCCUGAGGUCAAGAAGGAGCCUCCGGCCAGUCCCGGCGCCAUAGCACGGGCGCUGGGGAAGGAGCCACAGGAUCACCAGCUGCUGCGUUUCCUGCUGGAUACAGAUGAAAAGGACCUGGAGGAUCUGCCGCCUCCAGCCUCCCUCAGCCUCCAGACUGUCAAGGUGAAGUCAGAAAAGAAAGGAAGCAGAGAGAACGUGCCCUGUGCAGCUGCUGCAGCCAACACCGUCUGUACAAGCCCUGCGACACCUUGCUCGCCUAAAUCCAGUGACAGGCCCAGCCCGCAGUUUCCCAGUACUGAUCUGGAGACUUUGAACCAGCUGUUGCCCACUCUGAGAAGCUCAGUGGGAGGUAAAGCGGUAGAGGAGCCCAACGAGGAUGACCUUUCCAUAGGGGUGAAUGUGAAGAGAGAGUUGCCAGGAUCAUCAAGCCAAGCAUUCCCUGAUGGCUCCAACCUCAUGAGUCAGUCCUCUUUCGAGUUUUGUGACCCCUCUACACCGAACACGGCUCAGGGUCAAGCCCAGGUACCGGAUCUCGGGCAAACAGACCCGUUUCAGCUACCCAAGGAGAGCAGCAGUCCCUUUGCCAAUCCAGUCAGCCUCAACUCUUUCAACACCAACACGGGUCCGGCCAAGCUGGAGCUCUCUGAUUCUCUGCAGUUCCAACCCUUGUCCCUGGUUGACCCCAUGAACUUCGAUAGCAGUUUGGGUAACCAGACACAGGCCCCUCUGUCCUCUCCUCAAGAAGACCGUAUGUACUCUGUUGUAAGCAGGCAGUGUGUUCCAUGUCCGCUGGAUGAGAUGCUCUGUCCGCCCACCACUCCCGAGGGCCGUAACGAUGAGAAGGCCCUGCUAGAGCAGCUGGUCACUUUCUUGAGCCGCACAGACGAGAGCGACCUGGCCGAGAUAGACCGAGCACUGGGCAUCGACAAACUUGUUCAAAGUGGAUGCCUCGAACCCGUCACCCAGCCCUGUCCUCAGCCCCCAACUCCUGUGCCCAUGGACCCCAAACUUCCCAGCUACCCCUCCCAGUUCCCAACCUCACCCUCACAAUUCUCUGCUGAGAUGGGUACGACACAGGGCAUACGUUUCGGGGCCCCACGGAUGGCAUUUCCAGGAAACGUGGGCAUAGCGGUGCGACCCGGCAUGAACCGAGCUCCUGGCGUGCCCAACCAGCUGAGACUCCAGCUCCAGCAACGUCUUCAAGGCCCACAGCAGCUCCAGAACAGGCUCGCUGCCAUGGGCCAGUUCCCACAGGGGGGGCACGUUGCCAUGGGUAUGCGUCAGGGCAUGCAGCAGCCUCAGAUGCCCUCUCAGCCUCCGCUCAAUGCUCAAAUGAUGGCCCAGCGGCAGCGGGAGCUGUACAGUUUCCAGCACCGCCAGCGGCAGCUUCUGCAGCAGAAGGUUAUGCUGAUGAGGCAAGGGUUGAACACUAUGGGAGCUCAGCGAGUUCCUAAGGGCCCCCAGCAGCAACAGCAGCAGCAGUUUAGCUAUCCUCCAGGCUACAACGCCGUGCCUGGGAACACCCCUACCUCCCCGAGCCAUUUUAACCCCAUGGGAGGAGGACCUCUGGACCCUAAACUGUCUGCCAGGGGGGGCAUGGGAAACCAAGGCAUUAUGGGAGGCAUUCAAGGGCAAUUUGGGGAGCCUGUGAACACUCCUGUUCAGCAGGGGCUUUUCCAGCAAUUUGGGGGGCCUGGCAUGAUCCAGCAAGGAGAUCCAUCCUUUGCUCCUGAGCUUAGUCCAACCAGCCCCCUACUUUCACCACAGAACUCCACCUCCCAGAGUCCUCUGCUCCAGCAAGCGCAACCUCCACCUGGUUAUCAGUCUCCCGACAUGAAGAACUGGCAGCAAGGGACCAUAGGCAACAACAGUAUGUAUAACCAGGCAGGUCAACCUGCCUCUCAGAGCUUUGGGCAGCAAGGUGUGUAUAACAACAUGAGUAUCACCGUGUCAAUGGCUGGGGGAUCAGGAGCGGUGGGCUCUCUACCUCCCAUAGGAGCAACUGUCGGCAUGGGCAACAACAACCUUGGCAACGUCACUUCAAUGUGUAAUGAUCAGGUACAGCAGGUUCAGGUGUUUGCUGAUGUCCAAUGCACGGUAAACCUGGUGGGCAGCGACUCCUACCUGAACCAGUCAGGGCCCAUAGGAUCCCAAAAGGGCCCGAGUGGGACCCCCACGGCCCAGUCUCAGCAGAAGAGUCUCCUCCAGCAGCUCUUGACCGAGUGAGCCGCCUAACACCUGCCAGAGGACUGUCUCCACAUGUAGAGAUUUUUAAUUCUUCACCUUUGGUUUCUAUACAGUAUAUCUGUCUACAGGGCCGGUGUCUGGGGCCCAGGCUCUUGAGGUUUCAUAGCCGUUCGACUAAGUGCUCAUUCCUGGUCACCUUUUUAAAGUCUGCUUCCUGAAUGGAGAAAAGAUCACGUUCCAAGAAUUUGCAAAGUCUGUAAAAGGACCUGCUGCUUUUUCAGUCGGCUAAAUGUCCUAUCAAGUCAACCCAGCAGUGCAGUGCUUCUUGGAGAGCAGCGCAGCAGCUGAGCUCGGAUUGGUCCGAUUGGAAACUGGGGCAGGCUGUUGCCAUGGUGUGUGCUAUAUUCACGGUAUCGCUCAGUUUCAGCUGGAUCUGUGACUGAUAGGCUCUCCUCAGCAGUGCCUGAUGGUGGGAGAUAUUUCCCGCCUCUUUAUUUGUUAGUCUGUUUUGUUUUGUUUUGUUUUUUUAUUUUUGUCUGGUUUUGUGUUCAGAACAAGCAUAGCCAGGAUGGGAGACUGCUCUGUAGCACAUAUUUGUCUGUCCUGGCAAGACUGUUUUGAAACGGCAGGCUUUUUUUUUUCUUAAAUGUCCUACACAUUCCCCCCCCCCAACACCCCCCCAGCAGCUGUGAAUACGAGCCACAUAGGGUCAACUCAGCCUAUCAGUGUUGUUUUGCGGCGAUGUGUUGUGCAGGUUGGUAUUAUAUUGUACAGCACAAACGGACAAAUUUGGGACAAGCUCAUACUUUGUAUUUUGCUUUCAAACAAAACAUCAUCAAAUUUCAACGGGCAACUCACAUUUUGAAUAUAUCAACAUCAUGGGUUUCAAAACAAGUUCUCUUUUUUAAUAGCUUCGAGAAACUGUCAGUUUUUUAUUUAAAAAAUUAAUUUUUAUCCCGGGGGGUAUUGCGUGCUCUCGGCUCAUUUAUCAAGGUCAGAGAGACUCGGAUUUGGAUUUUUAUGAUUGAAAUUGGUUAUCGAAAUAUGCUUUGAACAUCCCAGUAAAUGUUACAAACCUUCUGUUGCAUUGUACACGGAUGCGAACAUGUAGAUUGUACAUUGAUUUUCGUAAUUCAGUUUCAAGGAUGCUCUUGAAAACCACAGGUGCUUUCUCCCGUAUCUGGAGGAGCGAGGUGUUGUUGCAACAUUCGCACCGUCAGCUGCAUUCUCCAGCUCUUAGACUGCUCAUUUGACUACUGUUGCCCAGUCAGACACUGUUCAUCAGCAUUAUAUCCUUUGUUCAUUUACCUACUAGUCAUCCCCUAAUUUGAGUCAUAAAAACACAAUCUCAUCUCUUUGAACCUAAAGGAAUCUGAUAACAUGCAAUAACCUAACAUGAAGUUAAAACAAAAUUAGUUUUCCUUAACGUGAAACGUACUAACAAAAUCAAAAUCGAAUAAUUUUUUAAGACUUAUCUAAGGUAUCAGAAUGACAAGCCCGUAAAAAAAGAUUUUGGAAAAGGCAUCACGGAUGUUACUGUGGUCGAAAUUGAUGUCUCACUGUGUGAGUACGAGGUAUUUCACAAAUCGUACAACAUAAUCAAAAUUGUUUGGGCACUGGAAAAGUGUUGCAUGCAUGACCGUUUCUCUCCUCUCAUGUAUUUUCAUUCUCCUUUAACAGUGUUCUUUCCUUUAUGACUCAUUUUGUGGAGUUUAAGUGGCAUGUCUUUGUGCGUGUUCUCUAUAUACAAAGAAUGGCUCUUUUUCUCCAAUGCUGCACCAGCUUACACUGUCCUUGCGAAGAAAAAAAAACAAUGUAAAGUUUUGUAAAGCAGAUCCUCAUUCAUCAAUGAAAUUCAGCCGGCAGUAUGUACUGUUGAAAUUGAGCCACUUUUUGGUGUGUGUGUGUAUAUAUAUAUAUAUAUAUAUGUAUGUAUGUAUGUAUGUAUGUGUAUAUAUAUAUAUAUAUAUAUAUAUGUGUAUAUGUGUGUGUGUGUGUGUGUGUGUGUUCAUAGGCAUUACAAAAAGCAAUUAUUUAAAUGACAUUAAAUGUUUUCAGUCUGUUUUUCACGUUUUUGGCUCAACUAAAGAACAGUGACAUUGUAACAUUAAUUUCUGCCCGCCACUUCGGGGAACAGGCAUUCCUGUAUAGUAAAAUGGUUGGCUUUUAAAAAACUUUUUAUGCAGUGGAUCAGAUUCAUUUAUUUUUUGUCCAUUUUAAAUUAACCCUACCUGUCCUCAUUUCCGAGUUUCUGUUUAUGCCAAAUAUACCAAACUAGCAAACAGCGCCUAUUAUUAAUGGGUUGUUUAUAUUCUGUUUUUAUUUUUGUUCUCGGUUAUUACAGCUCUCACAGUUAGAACACAACAUCGAGGUACAGUAGAACGAUUCAGAACCUGGUUUAUCAAAGUAUUGUGUAUAUAACAGAUAAAUGUGAAUAUGUAUCUGUUCAGAAUCAACAAAAUGUAGUGCUCCGAGUUUGUGGUAAUAACUACUUGCUUCCAUUUUUUUUUCUUUAUUUCUUUUUUGAGAUGUGUAUGGCUGUCUGAAUGUGUGUACGUGUGUGAUUAAUACUGUAUAUCUGGUGUUUAAAAUGGAAACAAAUGUCCUGAUAUGAUUUGAUUUCUUUCUUUUUUUGAAUACCUACACCUUUUCCUGUGGGUGUUGAGAUUGCUCUAUAUGUGAGAAUGGUUUAGCGACUGCUGAAUGUGACUUUGCUGAGGGAGAAGCAGCAUGGACUGGCUUUUGUACGGGUUAAUUAAAAAAAAAAAGGCCAUAUUAUUUAAUUUCUCUGUUGUCAAAGUUUAAACAGCUCUGACAAAGUGGAACCUUGGUUUGAGAACAGUACUGGGUUGUUGUGGUGGGGUUUCGUCAACUGCCUGAUGUGGUUUUGCCAUGUGUUAAACACUCUUUAAGAUGAGAACAAAAUAAUGACCAAAGCUUCAAGAUACUAAAAGAUUCAUAUCAUAUGCAAGGUUCAUGCAAUUGGACAAAUGUAGCAUUCAGUUUUUCCUGAAUAGGCAUCCCAUAACCUGUUUGUCAUGUUUCCAACACUACCGUGUCAUUUGUUCUUGGAGUUUUUAUUGAAUUUCUAUUGUUUUGUACAUUAUUCCCCUAGCUAGUUAAAAGUGGUUGAAUUAUCUGAUUACUUUAGUAACAAUUUCUAUAUAGAGAACACUUAAGGCCAAAGUGUACUUCGGUUUCCUGUGUGACGGUAUGUCUGGUGCACAAUUCGCUUUCCGCAAAUUUCGGCAUUAGCACAGUACACGCGGCCUGUGUGCAGCUUAGUUUUUGAAGGCCAAAGUAUAUUUCGGUAGUCCUUGUUGCUGAUCGUUCCCAACACAGUCUGCACGGACCGUCCUCAUGCAGCCCAGAUUUUCUUGACACGCAGACAAUCCUCAUUUGUGCACAUCGUUGGCGCAUGCGCCUGCCGUUAACUGUUCUAAAGGGCCAGUCACACUACACUUCGUGCUCCAUUCACUCCCAUUUAAACACGGGAGACUGGAAACGCAACCUCAUGUGAAAACAUUUCAUACUACACUGCAUAUUGAAAGAAAGUUUCAAGAUCCAAUCCGGAACGCAGAAAAACAAAGUAUACCCGGGCCUUUAGGGCACUUACACACUAGAGUUUAGGUUGCAUCAGAUAACGCUGCGAAUGCAUUGAUUUCAAUGGGGAUGGUGCGUCGGAAGGACGAAGAGGGAAAACGCAAGGAUUCGUGAUAGUAACGCUCCAUCAUAUGACCAGAAGUCAAAAGUAUUUCAGGUUUUGGUGCAACCCACUCUGACAUAGGCAUGUGUUGACCAGAGAGAAUCUCUGAAAGGUGGGACUAGUUGCUCUGUGAAACAAAAAAAAACAUGCCAGACAAAUUCAUACAUGUGGUUUGUUCAUUCCCUGUCUUUUAUUGUUUUCUCUGCCAGGUUAAAAAGAUAGUAAUUUUAGAGAGAGAGCCAUGAGAAAUGUUUCGAUGUUUACUGGUACAUUGUCAAAAAGUUAUAUAUUAGAUAGCCAUCUCUUUUGCCAAACGACGCUUGUUUUCAAACUAAACCACCUCCUCCAACUACACACCUUCCAAACGGACCUGCUUGCGCAUCGCAACCAAAAGAGUAUACUUGGGAAGGCUGACACUGCAUUUCAACUGGUGUGGAAGAAAUCCACUCAAAGCUGCUCACAACAUUAGAGAACUGCUUGCUCCGUGCCGCUGUCAAUCCCACAAUCCACCUCGCAAGCGUGGUGCUCGACUUCCAUAUGAAUGAAUUGAUUGGCCACUCAGCUUCGCUCACAGCGUGCCAGUGGAAACGUACGAUGAGCGCUCGAUCGUAUGCGUCACGGAAUGGCACGUAGAAAAACGAUGUAUACCCUAGCCUUUAGUAGUGAAUUAUCUUGGAUCUUCUCCUAUUGCUACUACUUUACCAAACAUGCAAAUGCCUCAUUGGGUGGAAAUCUAGUCAUUGUUUUCAGGAAGAAAAAUAUCUAACAGCUAGCUAUGCACCUUAAAAGGUUAAAUUAAAAGCAUUUGUUUUUUUGUUUAAAAACAACAACACAACUAAAACGAUUACGUUGACUGCAGUAUUCUAUACCAGAACAAGCAAUGCAUGCUAACAAUUUUCUCCUGUUUUUCCUCUCUCUUUUUGUUUACUCAAGGAUAUACAUAAUUUGUAGUUCAGAACAAGUGGUUUUGAGCUACUCGGGCUAAAGAAAUCAUACUGAUGAUGAUGAUGCAACUAUAAAUAGAUAUUUGACUUUAUUUAGCUGGAUUCUUUAUACCAAAUUUGAGGUGCCUCUUGUACAUAUUUUCUGCAUAGAGGACUGCCCUCACCGUUUGAUGAACGCUUUCUUAUUUGUGAGAAUUUUCGUAUACUGACCUUUGUAAGACUUUUGCUGUAUUUUACACAAAUUUUUUUACUAAAACCUAAAUGUACCAGGAACUUGCAAGGAAUACAAUCUAGUUUUGCACUUUAUACGUGAAUUACGAGGAAAGAGGCCAUUAUUAAGUACCACGUAAAAAAUCAGAAAGUAGUCACACUCGAAAAAUAAAAAGACAUACCCCCUGAAUGUAUUUUACAGAGUGAAAUGUCAUUUCGCUUUCUAAAGUAAUUUUCAAAUGUCUCAGGUUCUCACGGAAGAACUUGGCUGAUUGGUUACAAUUAAAAGAUCAGGGUAGCUCGAGCCUUUGCUAAGGGUGUUUUUCUGCUGCAGAACCAUAGAUCUAACUAUGCCUAAAUAUCUUCUUCAGGAACUCCACCUCCCCUUACCCCGUUCUUUUAGCCAGUACACUCAUGUUCAGACCUCCUGGUGUUACCUUUUCAAGACAUUCCUCAUUUAACUCUGCUUUCAGCUCAUUGCCAUCUGCGUUCCACUGUAUUGUAUGUAGGCUUUGAGAAUCGUUGCAGGCCACUCAGUGCCAAGUGCUAAUAACCAUUUAUGCAGACUCGUACAAUCUGCGUUACAUGUCAUAUUGUGAAUCCAACUUAUCGACCACCACACACUCUCCUUGUCAUUCAGAUGUCAUCUCUAUAUGGUAUCAUCUAUAGUAGCUACUGUUUACCUGAGAUUUUCGCAUAUUGUAAGUGCUGCCUUAUUAAUAGAUAUUGGUUGUAUUGGUGAAGGGAAGUCAUGUGUUUGUAACUCCACUAAAACCAGGUCUUGUUCCUCCGAGGCAAGGUUCCACUUUUCACCUGUAAAAUUAAUAUAAAUAAACAAAUAUAUAUAGAUAUAUACUUUUUACUCAUUUUGUCCAGUUUUGUAUAAUACUUGUGAAACUUUUUUCUCUGUAGAGGUAUCAUUGCAGCUGUGUGGGACAUUAUGAAUGAAGAUGUAUCUAGGAGACUUCUGCAUGUUUUGUCAUGUUUUUGUUUCGUUUGUUUUCUCUAUAUCCAGGUUUGUCUGGAGAAACCUACCUUUCUUAGGACGUUGUAGACAAUCAGUCACAUGCUGGGUCCAGCACCUGCGGGGAUUGUCCUGCAGGCUGCAAAACUGUGUUUCGCAUCUACUGAAUCAGUCUUAUUUUUCUUGUCCAUUUCAUGGAAUUAUGUGGCUGCUCAAGCUGAGAUUUGAAGUUUACACACAUACAUUACACGCAUACAUGCAUACACACAUGUACACACAGACAAACAAGAAAAAUUCAUGGACACCUCGUGCAUAUGGCCCUUUGUUGCUUUUCCAAGGUGAAGAUACAUACCUUGAAGGAAGUAAUGCUUUGACUAACAGAUCUCUAUAACAUCCAUGAAUGUGAGAAUGCAACACAUUGCAAUAAAGCACCAUGUAAAAAAGGACUGCCAGUGCCAUGUUUAUCUAUGUCUGCAAACUCUGAACUUACUGACCUUCACAAAUCCAGUCCAGAAUAACUAAAAUCAGGAACACUUUACAAUAAGGUUGAAGUCUUGUGGCUAUACUUUUGAAAUGGUGAGUAUUUUAACGUGUACGUGUUGGGCCCAUUCACUUCCAUUAUAAAUUGCAUUAAGCCUGGUCAUUUUAAGUACCUCACUGUAACCUUGAUCUUUUUUUUUUUCUUUUUUUUUAAAGACAAGAAGGGGUGAGUAAAAAUUAAGUGUUUGUAGUUAUCAGCAUUAUGCCACAAAUGCUUUCGGUUGAGCUUAACUUGUGUUGAACCUGGAAUAAUCCUUUGAAAUGAUCUAAUAAUGAACAAUACUUAUUCAGCAUUUAUUAAUCUUGUUUAAUGUUAAUUUCUACAUUUUUUUUUUACAUUAAAAGUUGUAUAUGUUAACAUUAGUUAAUACAUUAGGAACCAACAUGAACAAUAAUAUUUUGUUAAAUUAAACUGAGAAUAAUAAAUGCUGUAAAACAAACAAAACAAAAAAUAUUGUUCAUUUUCAGUGAGUUGAUGCAUAAAGCUUUUUGUAAAGUGUUACCCAGAAAUCUGAUAAUCAGUCUCUGAUUUUAAAUUAAAUUGUAUAUAUUAUGAAAGCUCUCCCAGUGCUUGUGGGACAGAAUAAACAGUGUUCUAAUA